AUGGACGUAGGUACGGAAGCAGCGUUUCAUGCGUGGGUUGCACGCACGAUUCCCACGCUCGAAUUGAAGGAGACGGAAGAGACUUGGGGAAAAAUUGAUGCUGCUCUAGCACAGUUCCAAGCCGAGACCAAGAACGGCGCCACGCGGCUUCCGAUCUACAUCGCGACGGUGCGCAAACUUGCACCGUGCAUUACCAAUUCUCUUUUGUCAGAGCGCACAAAGCUUUCUGGCACUGCCUUCGAUGUGUUGAAUUCCAUGGCGCCGCGCCUUGGCGAGCGCUUUGCCGCGCUGCUGCCCCUCUUUAUACCGCCGCUCUUGCAGAACUGCUCGAGAACAAACAAGGUUUCCAUGAAACGCGCAGAGAAGACACUGCAUCUUAUAUGCCGGCACUGUAAACCUGCCACUAUUAUCCCAUACCUGCGACACGCACUGCAGGAGAAAGCGCCCGGCUUGCGCACGAUUGCAGCAGGAUGUUUGGUCGUGCUGAUCGAAGCGAUGGAUACCGAACGCGUUGGAAAGCGCGUUGUGGACGUGGAGCAUUGUAUCCGCGCAUAUGCAACGGACGCAAGCGCCCAAGUACGGGCGCAAAUAAGGACCUUGUACGGACUGUUUAUGGCCAGAUGGCCGGAUCAUGUUCCUGCUUUUUCUGAAUCACUUGCACUAACAUCGCGGCGGUACCUUGCAGGUGUAGAAAGCGCGCCGUACGUCGAGCCCGCAAAGCCGGCAAAGCCGACUGCUACGCGCACCGUGCUUAGCACAGAGAUACGUCCCCGUGUCGCUGCGCCGGAGCUGGCCCGGUCCGCAUCGGAGAUGCAUCCCAAGCCAUUGCCUGGGCAAGUGCCGCGUGCGGUGACACAGCCAGUGCCUCAGAUCCUGCGGAGCCCAGCGGCGCCGCUUGAAGAAGAAUGUGUACCGCAGCCCGUAUCCAACCUCGUGCCGCCGCCGCGUGGUGCAGCACCAAGUGAAGGCGUGGCGUACCGUCUGGCGCUUGCACAGGAACAAGCCAAACUGCGUAUUGCGCAGCGUCAGGUAUCCGGCGACGCUACGCCGCGCAUGACAGCAUCGCGUGCGCUUUUCCCUACGGCCCCCAUUGGUAGCGCACGCCGCGUCGCUGUACCGCGCACGGAGGCUGCGCCGAAACCAAGCGCGUCCUUUUCCCGCAGCACAGGAAAGAGCGCGGUGCUGUAUCACGGCGCACAACACCCUGUAUCGCAAGCUGCACGCAAAGCAUUGCGCUCUUCGCCCCACACGCCGCAGCGAGCGACGCCAGCCGACGAAAAUCAAGACAUUACGCCACCAAGUGCCAAGAAGCCUACAAAGAGCCCUACAGCCAGGCCCGCGCAGUUUACGCCGCAGCGCAAGCCGUUUGCCGUGCUCAACGUCUACCAGCCGAGCCCGCGUGUAAUUCCGCCACAAAACACCGGGACACCUGACCCUGUAAACAGGAAUAUUUUUCUAUAG